ACUGAAAGUGUUACCUAUGUAAAUAUCGAGGUCACUUGAUUUUUCAAUAGAUCAUUAUAUAUCUUUUUAUAUAGUCGCUGUUGAAACCUCUAUUUUAUAAAGUGUUUCAUAGGAAUUAAAAUUCCUUUUUCUAAAAGCUAUUAUUUGUCAUAAGACAAUUAUUCGAUUUAUAUAUGAGUAAAGAUUAAAUGGCUCAUAAAUAUUAAUAAAUAAUAAUAAUUAAAUAGUAUACUAAAUGAUAAUCGAACAGGCUACACUAAAAAAACGGGAUUCAGGUGGAUAUAGUUUUCACCGAUCCGUCGAGGAGGCGCUACGUCAGUUGCGUGGAGAUACGACCCUUCAAACUCGAAGGCGGUUCAUUCGGUCGGUGUUUACCGAAUAGAUCGUGCGCGCCUCUACGUGGCUCUACGAAUGCGAUUGUUUGUGUCAGUGACAAGUACUCUCGUGAAUUAAUUAAAACAAAGAUCAAUCGUUAAUAAAUAUUGUGCGAUGCAGUGCACAUAAGUAAUACAGUAAUCCAGUUAUUAAAUUAUUUUAUUCGGAGUUUUAUUAAAAAAAAAAUUAUAACAUUAUUUUUGCCGCGCCGAGAAACGAGAUAAUAAUAUCCUGGUGAAAGCAUUUGAAACCAUUUGGAUCACUCGCGGACUUUCGCGCUAUUAGGAACGGCAAUAAAAUACAAGGCCUGAGCGAGUUCGCGCUGCUUCAAUGAAUUUUCGAGCGAAAGACUCACAAGUGAAUGUUCCGCGAUUACGAACCAUUUACUCCAUCGAUCGUUGAUGGCGAAAUGUAAGGCGGAGUAUGUUCUGUUUAUCUGUGAGUGGAUCUGCGAACGUAAUGUGAAUCAUAUCUUAUUUCGAACUGUGAGAUCGAUGAAAGAAUCUUGCAACCGUGCAUAUCUCGAUUUGAAACCCAGGAAACCUCAAUUAGAAUAUGGGGGGGCCGUUUUGGGUGCUACGCUAACGUUGCAGGAGGGACAAGAAGCCCUGAUUUCAUGCGUUUCAAGAUACGGAAACCCACCCGCCCUCAUCAAGUGGUUCAUAGGGAACGACGAAGUGGAACCUUUGGGGGAGCAGAACAACGCAACGGAGGUGGAUAAUCGGAAGACCUGGGCAGCUCAUAGUCUUCUACGGGUGCGUGGUCAGAGGGAGAAUCAUGGUCUGCCGAUCCGAUGUGUGACCGUGCAUCCGUCGAGUUUAACGCCGGCCAAUAUAGAAUCGCGACUAGACGUUCAUUAUUCACCGGAAGUGCGACUCGAGACGAGCCCGCAACCGCUUACGGUCGCUCCAGAAGAUUCGGCAAACUUCUUGAGUCUCAAGUGCCUGGCAGACGCUAAUCCGGUUGCAAGCAUCAAGUGGUUCAAAGACUCGGUGCCGCUCGACGCGUCGCUGGCCGAUACCAGUGCAUCGUCGUCAUCGCCGUCGUUGAUACAAAGCACAACGGCGCAGCUGAAUGACAGCAUGUGGGGCGCCGAGCUGCGCUUCGAGCCGGUCAAAAGGCACGAUGCUGGUCUGUAUUCAUGCAAGGCGGCCAACAUCAUUGGUGAAAGCGCUCCCGCGAGUUACAGACUCGAUGUGCAAUAUGAACCAAAAUUGAAAAGAAUAGAAAAUGAUACCUCCAUGGACAUGGAAGAGACGGCUCUGCUAAGUUCCUCGGUGGAGCUCUUCGAGUGUCCCGAGUUCGAGGCCAAUCCACCUGCUCAAUACAAAUGGGUACAUCUUCGCGGUAGUUCUACAGAAACCAUUGAAAACCACGUGCAGAACAAGGGUGGUGGUCGACGUCUGCGUCUUGAAAACAUUAUGUGGUCCGACGAAGGAGAAUAUCGUUGCAUUGCCUUCAACACGAUCAACGGGGUUAAGCGGGAAACUGCUAGUGAUGUACACUACGUGUUGCAUGUGACCGGACCUCCGGAGAUACAGGCCAGACCGUUACCCGGUGAUCGGGAUUUUUACGAGUCUAUCGGAUGGGCUGGCGAACCUGUACACAGGCUCAAGUCCCGAUUCUGCUCUCGGCCGCCGCCAAAAUUAGUUGCUUGGCAGUGGGGUAGUUCUCAUAUUCGAGCUGGAGAGAACAUUCAUCCAAAGUAUGAGGCCUUGCCGUUGGAGCCUAUUGUCGAGAACAAAAUGGUGACCAACUGUUAUUGGGCUAAACUGGAGAUUAAGGAUCUGCAAAAGGAGGAUGCUCGCAUAUAUACUUUGUUGGUAGAGAGCGAAAAAGGUCGGGACUCGAGGAAUAUCAAGUUGAUAGUGAGAGAUCCUACAGAGAUGCGCGUAAUAGCUGCAGCCGUGGCGGUCGGCCUGCUAUUCCUGUUGCUGCUGAUCUCCAUCGGUGUAUAUUCGCUGCUAAGAAUACGACGUGGACGAUAUCGACAAGAGAUGAUGGAGGAGGGCAGUAUCGCGGCCGAUGCAUUGUAUAACGGCACGUCGAUAAAUCAACAAAAAUCUAUCAAUUCGUCUCACGCAAAGACCUUCACGAGGAAGUCCAGUCUGGAUAAUGGCCAGAGCACGUACGAUUAUAAUCACAUCGCGAAGCAAACGCGUGCCAUGAGUCCGGAAGCGUUAAAAGUUAGAAGAGCGCCAGCGGUUUUGCAGCCGCCUACUAUCGUGUAAAAAAAAAUGAAUUUUUCGCCAAUGUCGAAUUUCAUUUUUUUUUCAUCAUCUGAUUCUAUUUCUUACAGCAACAGAUUCUACUUUUGGUUGUAUACAUUUCCUUUCUAUCAGUCUAGCGCCAUUCUUAACAAGCGUAUCUUUUAUGACUUAAUAUAGAUUAUAUCAAAUCAGAGAUAUAAUAUGUGUAUAAAUGUGUGUUAGUAUAUCGCAAAUGUGGUAUAAUCUAAUAUUUAUAUCGAAAACUUCUGAUAUAAAGUAAAUAUAUCUGAGAAAUUAUCAAUUGUUGCGUACCUUUAUAUCGUUAUUAGUUCUUUUUAAUUUGUUAAUUAUUAUCGCAAUGUUUGUUGUAUUUUAUUCCUGCUAAGUAAAAUAGUUACAGUAGUAUUUGUCUAUAGUCAAAAUAAAAAUACAUCGCGAUAAUAUUGCACAAAGAACUUACGUACCGACACAAAAUAUAGCCCGCGUCGCCGAAGCGGAACGAAGCGUAACUUUAAUAGCGGUCGCAUCUCACUGAUUUUAAUGGCGGUGGCAGGACGAGAGGCGGAAUCAGUGCAAAACUGGACCUCAUAAAAACUGUUAUAUAGUUUCAUAUUUCGAUGACAUAUUCCUAGAUCAAGGAACACAUAUGUAAAAAGAAGUUUUAAGUUUUGUUUCAAAUCAGCGACUAGGUAUUUGUUUCCAAAGUUAUGUGAGAUCAAUUAUUUCAAUUUUAUAUACAUCCACAAUAAAUUGACUUUGGUAGUGAUUAAUCAUAUGUGCGAUGAUUAUUUAUUAUAAAAAAAUAAAAAAAUUACGACAAAUAAAAGAAAA